AUGACCUCAGAACCGCCCCGACCCGAGGGCAAAUGUGAUGUUUCGUUCACCUAUUAUCCCGUGUUCAAUACCACUCUCAUCCUUGGUUACUUUUGGACAACAUUGGUUGUGAUGUGCAGUCUGUAUGUCGGGAUCUAUCGGGUGGCUCAACGUCUUCAACGUAAAACGCAAUCCGCCGGUGUGCGACUGGCUGCGCUUUUCACAAUGGCGGACCCGGAACUGGAAGACGAAGAAGAAGACGAGGAGGAGGAAGAGGAAGACGAUGAGGCAGAGAGGCGUCGGUGUGAGAUGAAUGCAACGCGUGAGAAAAUGUCGCACAACACCUUGAAAUUACCCAGUGUACCAGCUCAAGUGUCUUUCGUGGGUAAUGACAGUGGAUUCAAGGAGUUGCUCACAGGGGUGGAUGAUCCGAUAUCCGGUGCGGAAUCCAGUGUAAUAAUAACCCAACUACGAGUCAACGGGCCCUUGUUGGACGAUGUUGGUUGGUCGGAUGGAGAAACACAAGUGAUGUAA